UGUAUUAGCUUGUUAGCAUGUUGUUUUAGAUUCGCUAACAAAUUAGAUAUAUUUCAGUUUCUUUGUUUGUUUUUACUUAAUAGAAGUGAAUAAUUAUCAUCACCUUCUGUUUUAUGAAGUAUCAUAACGGGAUUAUAACGGAGACAGGAGCUUUAGAAGAGGACGGAAUGAAUCAGUUCGAGAAUUUAAAAGAUGAAGAAUUGUUGCAGGACAAAAACGUGAAUGAAAGUGAAAACAGCAGCAACACGUCGCUUAAUAACAACAAUAAUAACAGGAGGAAAACGAUAACCCCAGCUCCAGGUGAACACCCUCUUCAGUACAACUACACCUUCUGGUAUUCACGCAGAACCCCCAGCAGACCUGCAAACACACAGAGCUACGAGCAGAACAUCCGACAGAUCGGCACCGUGGCCUCGGUGGAACAGUUCUGGAAGUUCUACAGUCAUCUGGUUCGUCCUGGAGAUCUGACGGGUCACAGUGACUUUCAUCUGUUCAAAGAGGGAAUCAAACCCAUGUGGGAGGAUGAAGCUAAUAAGAACGGAGGGAAAUGGAUCAUCCGGUUACGUAAGGGCCUGGCGUCUCGUUUUUGGGAGAACAUCAUCCUGGCCAUGCUGGGAGAGCAGUUCAUGGUGGGAGAGGAGGUGUGUGGAGUCGUCGUCUCCAUCCGCUUCCAGGAGGAUAUUCUGUCCAUUUGGAAUAAAACGGCGAGUGAUCAGGUGACGACGUCGAGAAUCAGAGACACACUGAGACGAGUCCUCAACCUUCCACCCAACACCAUCAUGGAGUACAAAACACACAACGACAGCCUCAAAGAUAACUCCAGCUUCAGAAACACAAAGAUCGCUGUAUGAUGUUGGGACUGAAUCCAGCACAGAAAGAAGGACCAUCCUGGGGAAGCACCGCCCUCCCUCAUCGUACCAUCCCUGUGGGGACUUCAACCGUUUUUCACUCUGUACUUUCUGCUACUCCAGUUACAGUUUUAUUUAACAAUAAAAUAAUAAAGCUUCUUCAUCUAAA